GUGACCAGGAUGCCAUUCAAUAUAUGUGUAGGGAGGCACCAAAGGCAGUUAUAGAGCUUGAGAAUUAUGGGUUACCAUUUUCACGGACUGAAGAUGGGAAAAUAUAUCAACGUGCAUUCGGUGGUCAAAGCCUGAACUUCGGAAAAGGUGGACAAGCAUACCGUUGUGCAUGUGCUGCUGAUCGAACUGGGCAUGCUUUAUUGCAUACUCUUUAUGGCCAGGCCAUGAAACAUAAUACACAAUUUUUUGUAGAAUAUUUUGCUUUGGAUCUUCUUAUGAGUGAUGAUGGUAGCUGUCAAGGUGUCAUUGCACUAAAUAUGGAAGACGGCACCCUGCAUCGGUUCUGUGCUGCUUCAACAAUUCUGGCCACAGGGGGCUAUGGUAGAGCAUAUUUUUCUGCAACCUCUGCUCAUACUUGCACUGGAGAUGGCAAUGCUAUGGUUGCACGUGCGGGACUUCCUCUUGAGGAUCUCGAGUUUGUGCAGUUUCACCCAACUGGUAUAUACGGUGCAGGGUGCCUCAUUACUGAAGGAUCUCGUGGGGAAGGUGGUAUUCUUAGGAAUAGUGAAGGUGAAAGAUUUAUGGAACGGUAUGCCCCAACAGCCAAGGAUCUUGCAUCAAGAGAUGUUGUUUCAAGAUCUAUGACCAUGGAAAUCCGAGAAGGUCGUGGUGUAGGAUCCCUCAAGGAUCACAUUUAUCUCCACUUGAAUCACUUACCCCCAGAGGUCCUUAAGGAGAGGCUCCCAGGUAUAUCCGAAACUGCUGCCAUUUUUGCUGGUGUUGAUGUUACAAAGGAGCCAAUCCCUGUUUUGCCUACUGUUCAUUAUAAUAUGGGUGGAAUUCCCACAAAUUACCUCGGAGAGGUUGUUACCAUUAAAGGUGGUGAUCCUGAUGCAGUUGUUCCUGGACUAAUGGCUGCUGGGGAGGCAGCCUGUGCAUCUGUGCAUGGUGCCAAUCGGCUUGGGGCAAAUUCCCUUCUUGACAUUGUUGUUUUUGGUCGAGCUUGUGCAAAUAGGGUUUCAGAGAUCCGUAGACCAGGGGAGAAACAAAAACCUUUGGAAAAGGAUGCUGGACAAAAGACUAUUGCAUGGUUGGACAAGCUAAGGAAUUCCAAUGGUUCACUUCCAACAUCAAAAAUCCGGUUGAAUAUGCAACGAGUAAUGCAAAAUAAUGCUGCUGUGUUCCGCACACAGGAUACAUUAGAGGAAGGUUGCCAGUUGAUUGACAAAGCAUGGGAGAGUUUUCAUGAUGUUAAGUUGGAGGACCGAAGUUUGAUAUGGAACUCAGACUUGGUAGAGACUAUGGAGUUGGAAAACCUUUUAAUCAAUGCAUGUAUCACCAUGCAUUCUGCUGAAGCUAGGAAAGAGAGCAGAGGAGCACAUGCUCGGGAAGAUUUUCCGAAAAGAGAUGAUGAGAACUGGAUGAAGCAUACAAUGGGAUAUUGGGAGAAUGAGAAGGUUCGGCUAAAUUACAGGCCAGUUCACAUGAAUACACUAGAUGAUGAGAUUGAGUCAUUCCCACCAAAGGCACGUGUGUAUUGA